AAGUGGUGUGAUUAUGUUUUGGAUGCUCUGACACGGACACACACACACCAUUUGGAUUCCCAGCUAAACUGCCCGCUGCCGCGUAUUGGAGGGGGGGUUCUGUUGAACCGGUUUACGCUUCUAAUUACCGGCGACUCUCCGUACAGCGCAGAGCCAUGUCUCCAUCAGUGCCCCUGCAGGAGAUGAUCCGGGCCAUCAGGUCAGCGAGGACGCAGUGUGAGGAGCGAGGAGUCAUCCAGAGGGAGUGUGCAGCCAUCCGGGCACAGUUCAGACAAGCCGACAAUGGGGGGCGAUCUCACAACCUGGCCAAGCUGCUCUACGUGCACAUGUUGGGCUACCCCGCCCACUUUGGUCAGAUGGAGUGUGUUCGGAUGAUCGCCAGCCCUCGCUACAGCGAGAAGCGUGUGGGAUACCUCGGAGCCAUGAUGCUGCUGGAUGAGAAGCAGGAUGCAAGCCUGCUCAUCACCAACUCCAUUAAGAAUGACUUAUCGCACAGCAACCAGUAUGUGCAGUCUCUGGCUCUGUGCACGCUGGCCUGUAUGGGCUCAGCUGAGAUGUGCAGAGAUUUGGCACCAGAGAUCGACAGGCUGCUCCGAGCCUCCAACUCCUACAUAAAGAAGAAGGCUGCUCUUUGUGCUGUUCACAUUGUGAGAAAGGUCCAUGAGUUGGGGGAGCUUUUUGUGCCGGCCGCUCGUUCCCUCCUCUCCGAGAAGAACCAUGGUGUGUUGCACGGCGCCGUGGUGCUCAUCAUUGAGCUGUGUGAGCAGAAUCCAGAGACGCUGGAGCGCUUCAGAAAGACAGUGCCAGAUCUGGUGCAGAUCAUGAAAGGUUUGGUCCUUUCGGGUUAUUCCCCGGAGCAUGACGUGGCGGGAAUCAGCGACCCCUUCCUGCAGGUGCGCAUCUUGAAGCUGCUGAGAAUCCUCGGCCGCAACAACGAGGGAGCCAGUGACGCUAUGAACGACCUGCUAGCUCAGGUGGCGACCAACACCGACAGCACGAAGACGGUGGGCAACGCCGUGCUGUACGAGACCGUUCUCACGGUGCUGGACAUCAAGUCGGAGAGUGGCCUCAGGGUUCUGGCCGUGAACAUCCUGGGAAGAUUCCUCCUGAACAACGACAGGAACAUUCGGUACAUCGCCAUGACAUCUCUUCAAAAGAUUGUUGGCACGGACCACAAUGCAGUGCAGCGCCACCGGGGAACCAUAGUGGACUGCCUGAAGGACCAGGACGCGUCUGUCAAGCGCCGCGCGUUGGAGCUGUCCCUGGCGCUGGUGUCCGCCUCCAACAUCCGCUCCAUGAUGAAGGAGCUGCUUCUCUUCCUCUCCUCCUGCCCCCCAGAGCUCAGGGCGCACGCCGCCAGCGGCAUCUUCAACGCCGCUGAGAGGUAUGCUCCCUCCCAGCGCUGGCACAUUGACACCAUGCUGCAUGUCCUCAUCACGGCAGGGGGCGACGUCAGGGACGAGACGGUGCCCAACUUGAUCCAGCUCAUCACCAACGCCUCCGAGCUGCACUGCUACACCGUCCACAAGCUGUACCGCGCUCUGCUAAUGGACAUCUCUCAGCAAUCGCUGGUGCAGGUGGCGUGCUGGUGUAUAGGAGAGUACGGAGAUCUGCUGCUCAAAGGAGAUUGUCAGGAGACUGAGCCUGUUCAGGUCACUGAGGACGACGCCCUGGACGCCCUGGAAACAGUUCUACAGUCGCACAUGUCGUCGCCGGCAACCAGAGGCUUUGCUCUCACCGCCACCAUGAAACUGAGCACACGCAUCACUGAUAACGUGGAUCGCAUCAGAAGCAUCGUCAGCAUCUAUGGCAGCUGUAUAGAUGUGGAGCUCCAGCAGAGGGCAGUUGAAUACAAUGCGCUGUUCCGAAAAUAUGACCACAUGAGGGCAGCAGUGCUGGAGAGGAUGCCUGUGAUCGAGAAGAACUCCCCGGGUCACACCAACGGGGAGUCGACGGGGGAGGCCGUCAAGGACACCCCGGCAGCCAAAAUGAAGCAGGGAGAGCCACUCCUGCUGCAGCAGCCCGCUAACCAGGUGUGUGACCUCUUGGACCUGCUUGGAGGUUCUGAGGAGACUGCGCAGCCCGGUCCAGCAGUCAGUUGUACAGCAGCGGGCCUGCCCAUCCACGCAGCCAGCACUGCCGGAGGAGACCUCCUGGAUCUGCUGGGAGGGUUUGAGCCUGUAGCGCUCGCACCAGCUCCCACGGCGCUGGUGUACGACAAAGGCGGCGUGACCCUGACACUCAGCUGUGAGAAGCAGUCCGACACGGGGCUGACCGUGACACUAACGGCCUCCAACUCCAGCGGCUCAGACCUCAGCAGCUUCACCCUGCAGGCGGCGGUGCCAAAGAGUGUCCAGUUACACAUGAAGGCUCCCAGUGGGGACUCUCUUCCUGCCAGAGGCACAGCUAAGGUGACCCAGAUGGUGGUCCUCAACAACCCAAACAAGGUGAACCUGAAGAUGAGGGUCCGCGUGUCUUACACCCGCCUCGGGUCGCCCUUCCAGGACACAGUCCAGAUCGACUCCUUCCCGGGACUCGAUGCUGCCGGCCAAUGACGGCGGACAUUCACUCUGACGGCACUAUGGCAACAGUCUGUGGAUGAGUCGGCGUGUGUCACCCCCCCCUCGCUGACGGAAAGUUCUCUGCUUUCACACACUCAACACUAGCGACCCAGCUGCUGCUUCUGAAGGCUCUGAUUAUGUUGUUUCUAUGGCUGAAGAAGACUUUUUCUUUCCCCUUCUCUGCAGACCCAAGUGUCAAAGUGACUGGUUUAAUUCAAUUCUGCACGAGUUUUGAAUUUUCCCCUUAUAAUAUACUAAAAAAAGUUUAAUGACUUUUCUGCCUGUAGGUUUUUUUUUUUCUUUACAAACCUACUGACAGCAGCUUGCAGUUGUUUCACCUCAUGGGUACAUAUUGUUACAUGCUCGGUCCUCCCGUUUAUUCUUUUUAAAGUCCUUUACCUAACAUUUGCCUUUACCAACCUUACCUUGUUGACAAGCAGCUAAUCACUUACUAAUGAGCCAUUAGUUACAAAAUGCUCUGAUCUGGAACACUUGAUUUCAGCAGGAAACGCGGUGACAGGAAUUUGCGAUUGACUAGAGCAGGAUCUUAAACACAACCUCACUUGUUGCAGCAUUCAGCCGAACCCUCCUCCUGAUUUUCCUGUGCCUUUCAUCCCCUUGUAUAAAAAAUUGCAAUUUUAUUUCAUUUUAGAGGCCAAGAGUUGUUUUUGAAUGCUAGGGAUGUAGGAAUAGAAGCAUGUCUUCAUUAUUACCAUUUAAGCAUGCCUUUGCCUACUUCUUUCCCCGUCUAUUGUUUACAGAGGAUCCAGAGUUUUUAUUUUCUGAAGAUUGUGUUUAGUGAUGCAAGAUGUCUAUUUCAGAUUUUAAAGUACACAAGCACAAUUAGAUGAUAGGUCCUUGGAUAUAAUCAAAUACAACCCUUUGUUGUAGAAGGAAAACACCUGUCAGAUGCCUCUGCUAAAAACCCUCCUGGAUGUCACUGUGCUCUAAAUGGAUUUCAGUUCAACGGAUGCUUGUCUCUACCAGACUUUCAAUUACUACCUUAAUUAAACUGCAAAGAAAAUAAGUAUUCGAUCAGUUAUGUAAAUUGUCUUAAUCUUCUGUUUCACGUCCUUUUCUAAAUAAAUCAAAAUUUUCAGAAUCCA